AUGCUUAAGUUCUACUCAGCAACUCAUGCCCGCAAAGCUCAGCAGAGCACGGAUGGAUGCCCUCUUUUCCAGGACACGCCCCUCAAGGUGAGGCUGAGCACCAAGCAACAGCCUCACUUCUUAUCUGGCAGCCAACCCCUGAGCCAUAUGCGCUGUGUGGAGUUGGCCAAUCACUGCCUGGGGUUCAACGGGUGGACAUGUGACAUCAUCAGCCUGAAGGAGCUUCCCACUGAGGAAGACGAUGAAGAGGAAGCGGGUGUGAGCGGGCGAGUGCGUGUCAGGCUGGGCUGUGUGGUCCAGAUCUCCUUCCCGCGCCAUGGCGUGAUUACCCGAGGAGCCGCCUCAGUGGAAGAUGUCUACAUGAACACUGGUCCUGAAUCACUGCUGCAGAAGCGAAGCUUCUUACACAAGUUGGUUCGAGACAAAGCCGCAGUGCAGGCCUUCUCCACGGUGGUGCUGGUUCUCCUCGGUGAGGGGAAAGUGAUGGUGGAGCUAAGACGUACAUCUGAACAUCUUUUCUCUGAGGAGCCGCAAGAACUCGUGCAGGUCAGCGAGUACCAGGUGAAGGAGCUCAGUGCCGAGGAGGACCUUUGGCAGCAUGAAGAUCUGGACCUGACUGUGUGGUAG